ACCUCGCUGUCCGUUAAGCCCUGACGGUUGUUAAUAUACAUAGCAGGAGGAUUAAAGGGGCCCGCUUUAGCACAGUGUUCUGUGGUAAGCCCUCUACAAGACUGGGCCCAUUUAGCCGAGUGUGGAACACUUCAUUAUGUAGUGGACACAAAAAACAACCAAAACAAAGGCGAUAUUGAAACAGUUGGGAUAGCAAGGAUCCAGUCCGUUUUAUGAUUAAUUAUUCCUUUUUUGGAUUGUUUAUUACAAAAACCAUUCACAAUGUCUUCCGGAGUCGGAAGUUAUAUGCUGGCAACCAGAAAAAGUUUGUAGAUUAAAAGAAGUUUCUUGAAUCAUAAAAGUUUUUGAAUGAUCGAAAAGAUAAAACAGAAAUUUUAAAAUGUCUCAAAACGGAUCUUCGCCAGACGUUGCAAAUUACCAUCUUAAAAGCCAGUACCAUGACAACUGUAUCCCACCCGAGCGGAGACAGCAGACCACACAAACGACAGAGAAGGCGCACAAGGAGGGGGACUACUCCAGCUGUGACGCCGUCACCCAGGACCGGAUCUGGAAGCAGAGCGUGGGCAAAGAGGGCAUGUGCCUUAAAAACUGGGAAGGAAACUGGGGCUUCUUAACAGAAUUUGAUUCUAAGAAAACCAAUCCCGGAUUUACUAUGGGAAAUCCCAAGCCCCGGGAAGAACUUCCGGAAGAUGUCAACAUGUACUCCAACGCCGUCCCAAACACCAACUCCGGUAACUAUGGCAACAAGGUCAAGUCGGAACUAGGGAUCAAAAUGCAGAAACUAGAGCACCAGUUUUUUGGUGGUCAGCGAAAGCGGAAGCUGGGUAGUGAGAUGGUGUGUUACUGAUGUUGAUUUUUUUUAGGGUGGUUCCUUUACUGCUGAUAAAAUAUAAAUAUUGUAAAUCUGUGAUACUAUAACCGUUGUCCAUUGUUUUACAUAUAUUUUAUAUUCUUCCAUUUAUAUUUUUAAAGAAUUUAUUUUGUACUUUUUGUUAUGCACUGAGUGCAAUAUGAUAAAGUUUAUAAUUGCUAUAGUGUGUUAUUCCCCAGUGUCAAAUGGGGCCAGUUAUCUAGAUAUGGUUUCAUUUCUUUGAGAUUCUAUCAACAAAAGUAGAAUUUUUGACUUAUUCUAGAUAUAUCAUGUUGAACUGAGCGAGUGGCAUGACUCUACCUCAAGCAAAACUUGUAAAUCAGAAUUCAGUCUAUAACUUUGUUUAUAACAUGUACAUGAAUCUCCCACUAUUCUGUAAAAAGAUACACCAUUAUUUUUAUCACAUAAUUUGUGUCUUGACAGACUGAAAUGCUUCAGUUUUGUUCAUGCAUUUGUUCCCAGCUUUUCUGUAUACAUGUAAUUAUGGCCUAACUGUUCUAGAGUGUAUAUUUUUCAAAUUGCCUAUAUCUGCAUUUUCCAAGCUCUUCAAAGUUUUGUCUUUUGCCUUGUUUUUCUUUCAUUGCUUUUGAAAUUUAAAUAUAUAUAAUUAUGUACUAGUUAUUAUCAUCUUGCCGCGCGAGUUUUUCUGUGAAGUUUUCUUUCUGGUCCAGUCCAGUCCACAACUGCUGAUUAAAUUCUGCCUUUGUUUUAGACACUGCCUUUGUCUCUCUUAGACUUGUACAAUAAGCCUCACUCAACCUGCUUACAUUGUCCUGCAAAUGACCGUGCCAACUCAAAAUCCAACCCUCUGUAUUACAUGAUAAACUCGAAGCUUACUCAAUUCUUGGGGUCUGAAAUUGUAUGAUGUAAUGAACUAACUCUUGUAUGAAUGGAAUGUUUUCUUUUAAUCAUUAAAGUUUUAUAUCAAUAAAAGUGUAAUUAAACAUA